AUGCUGAGCCGAAAAUCCUCCAUCCCCCUCGCCGUGACGGCCAUCACCAUCCUCGCCGUCCUUUACACUGCGAGGAUAGGAGCCUGGUACGGCUUGGACGAACCAUAUUACCCCAGCGACCCUCACAGGAGCCAUCAUGCGCCCCAAGGCGCUUUCGAGGAACCUCCUCCUUCUCCUCCUCCUGGACUUCUUCCACCACCUACCAACGCACCUACUGAUCCGGCAUGUGAGGGCUUCCCAGACACUAGCAAUGUGCUGCUGGUCAUGAAGACGGGCGCCUCCGAGGCCUUUGCGCGCGUGCCAACCCACCUGAUGACCACCCUCCGGUGCUUGCCCGACUUCCUCAUCUUCAGCGACAUGGAUCAGAACAUCGCCGGCCAGCAGAUCCACGACAGCCUCUCGACUGUGCUGCCCGAGGCCCAGGAGGGAAACCAGGACUUUGACCUGUACCGCCGCCAGAAGUGGUGCGUGGUCAACCAGGACAGCUGCAACAAGCUGGGCAACCCGGCCGACGAGGGCUGGGCCCUGGACAAAUACAAGAACAUCCACAUAGCUGAGAAGACGUAUGCCAUGCGCCCGGGCUAUGACUGGUACCUGUUCAUCGAUGCCGAUACGUACGUCCUGUGGCCGAACCUGAUGCAGUGGCUGAAGACGCUGGACCCGGCUGAGAAGCUGUACCUGGGGAGCGUCACCGUCAUCAACAACUUCAACUUUGCCCACGGCGGCUCGGGAUACAUCGUCAGCAAGGCCGCCAUGGAGGAGUUCGUUGGGAAACACCCGGGCGUCGGGAAUGAGUACGACGUGCGCGCGAAGAACGAGUGCUGUGGGGAUUACCUGUUCGCGCUCGCCCUCAAGGCCAAGACGGAGGUGGCCGUUCAGCAGAUGUGGCCUACCAUCAACGGCGAGAAGCCCUCCACGCUCCCUUUCGGCCCGACCCACUGGUGCCACCCGAUCGUGACCAUGCACCACAUGAACGCCGAGGAGCUCAACACCUUCUGGCAGUUCGAGCGCCGCCACCUCCUCCAGUCCACCACCACCAUCAUAACCCACCAGCACGGACAGUCAACCAAGACGCGGUCUCCACCACCGCCAUCACCACCACCACCCCGCCCGCUGCUCAUGAAGGACAUCUACACGGCCUACGUGGCCCCCUACCUCAACGCUUCCCGCGACGACUGGGACAACCUGGCCGACAACCGCUUCUAUCUGGAUCCUGCCCGGAAUUCGUCAUGGGAGGACUGGAAGCUGCAGCGGAGCAAGAAGCCCGCGGAGCUUAAUGAGCACGAAAGGAUGGCGCACUUGUCGUUUGAGCACUGCCGCGCGGCGUGCAAGAGCCUGGGGGGGGACGAGUGUUUUCGGUUUCGGUACGAGGAUGGCGCGUGUAGUAUCGGGGAUGCGUUUGUUCUGGGGAAGCCCGUCAAGAAGCCGGAUGGGGAGAUGGUUGGGGUGAAGAGUGGGUGGAUGGUAGAGAGGAUCCAGGCGUGGAUUCAGAGGCAGGGCGCGAGCUGUGAUAAGGUUAAGUGGCCUGAGGUUAAAGGGUGA